AUGCUUCCCAGGAUGGGUAAACAGUUUCUGGUCCGGAUACGUUUCAACUGGCGACUGCUUUUCCAAGGCCGGGCCCUCCUGUUCACAAACACCCUCAGCGGAGGAGUAUUAAUGUCGCUGGGAGAUAUCUUGGAGCAGAGCCGGCAGAACUUCAGAAAGUCACACAGAGUCCAAGACUGGAGGAGGACAGGCAACAUGUUUAUGGUGGGCUGCUCCCUGGGUCCACCGAUCUACUGCUGGUACACCUGGCUGGACAAAGUGUUAGUGGGCAAAGCUCUGAAAACAGUUGGCAAGAAGGUUCUGGCAGACCAGCUGGUUGGCACACCGUUUUUGGGGAUGUGGUAUUUUUCAGGUAUGGCUGUCAUGGAGGAAGACACUAUAACCGAAGGAUUGAAGGAGUUUAAAGACAAAUUCUGGGAAAUGUACAGGGCCGACUGGUGUUUUUGGCCUCCAGCUCAGAUGAUCAACUUCUACUUCAUCUCGCCCAAAUUCCGCAUCAUUUUCAUGAACUUUGCCGACUUAGUAUGGUCCACCUAUAUCUCCAACCUCAAACACAGAGAUGACAGCCACCCCACUGAGCAGGAAUCAGACAGCAGUGCUGUGGAUGUAGUCCUACAGCAGGAAGCGCUCCCACCGUCCAAACCUCUGGAGGCCAAAGCUUAGAGACGGAGUUCAUGCUCAACUGUGAAGUCGCUCAUUUCUAUCUGUUCAAACUUUCUCACUUGUUUUGGGAGACUGUUAUAACAGAGUGCUCUUUCCUCUGACAAACCGUUCCUCUCUAAGUUUAGAAUGACCACAUAUUUCUGUCUGAACUCAGAGGACUUGAGUUAGUUAGUUAGUUAGUUCAGUUAGUUUAAUUUUAUUGCUGUGUCAUGCCAAACAUUUUGGCCCAUCCCACAUGGGAUUACAAGACACCACAAACUUAUUUAGCAAACGUCUUCCAGCCACAUAUACAAAUCAUUUGGAGAAAUACAUGAAUACAAAUAUAUACAUACACACAUAUAUACAUACACAUUUAUAAAUAUACACACAUACCCACACACACACAGUAUAUACAGCGACUUGAAGUGUUUGAGUGGAAGUGCUGGAACACUUUUCCGUUCAUGUUUGUAGUUUUAAUGUCUCUCUGUCCAAUUUGUCUGUUUAUUUAUAUUUAAAUGAUGUGCACUCCUGUAGGAACAUUCAACGAUGAAAAGCUGUUUCACUGCCUGUCACGCUAAUACUUCUGAUUAUCGUAGUGUUUUUUUUUUUUUUUUUUAUCACAUCCUAGGCAAGAAUACAACUGCUGCUAUUAACACAACAUGCAACUUCCAGUUGUUGGGAGGGUUUGUAGUGUGAAAUUCAAAUCGUUGUUGUUGCAAUCAAAGAUUUAAACUGUACACCAUCCAACAGAGGGGCAUUCCUUUUAUUUCUCUGCUGUUUUAUGUUUCUGGUAUAGUGUGACAAAAAUAAUCAUUAUUGAUGUGGAACAGUUUUCAUGUUUUUGACACUUAUAAUGACCUAUAUAAACUUUGCCUUGAGACAG